CGAACGUUGUCCUUCAGAUUUAUUGAGAGCCUUCAAAGAUGGUGCAUGCAAAGAUAAGCGAUAAGAUCAGGGCGGCCCACAAUGAAGGGCGCAACUGGUGGUCAUUCGAAUACUUCCCUCCCCGAACCGAGCAGGGACUCAUCAAUCUCUACGAUCGCAUCGGCAGAAUGGCAGCACUGGGACCUAUCUUCAUCGAUAUCACUUGGGGUGCAGGCGGCACGACAUCAGAUGCGACGACCCAAUUCGUCAAGACGGCUCACGAACAAUUCGGCCUCGAGACCAAUAUGCAUCUCACCUGUACCAACAUGGAGGUAGGCAUGGUCGAGCGUGCUCUCAAGGAAGCGUACGACUCUGGCUGUCGAAACAUUCUCGCGCUUCGGGGAGAUCCACCUCGGGGACAGGAGGAAUGGAAAGCGACAGAAGGUGGCUUCAACCAUGCCAUCGAUCUCAUCAAGUACAUCCGCAAGAACUAUGACGAUUACUUUGAUAUCGCCGUCGCCGGUUUCCCAGAGGGCCAUCCCCAAGCUUCGUCACGCGCAGAGGAGAUCGAGCAUCUCAAAGCCAAGAUAGACGCCGGUGCUUCGAUCAUCAUCACCCAGAUGUUCUACGAUAUCGACACUUUCAUCAACUGGGCUCACGACGUCAGAAAGGCCGGCAUCAACGCCCUCAUCGUGCCCGGCAUCAUGCCCAUCCAAGGCUGGCAAUCGUUCCAGAAAUGUAUCUCGUUCAGCAAGACGAUCGUUCCUCAACAUUUCUUUGACGUUCUCGAACCGAUCAAAGACGACGAUGCAGCUGUGAGGGAGGCAGGCACCAAGCUCGUUGCAGACAUGUGCAGGCAGAUCCUCGACUCGCCCUUUGAUAUCCACGGUCUCCACUUUUACACGAUGAACCUCGAGAAAGCAACUUCGAUGCUUCUCGAAGAACUCAACUUUACCGCCUCGGUCGAGAUCACCAACCCGCUACCGUGGAAGCCUUCGCUCACGACCAAGCGAAGGAGUGAGAGCAUCAGACCGAUUUUCUGGGCCAAUCGUGCAGGAUCGUAUCGCGCCCGCACAGAGUCAUGGGAUGAAUUUCCUAAUGGCCGAUGGGGCGAUUCUCGCAGUCCAGCCUUUGGCAAAUUCGAAGGCUACGGUAUCACCCUCAAACCAGAACGAGGGGAAUGUCUGUCCAUGUGGGGCAGCCCGACGACCUUUGCAGAUAUCGCGAGCUUGUUCGCUCGGUUCUGUCGGGGAGAGAUUGCUGCUCUGCCGUGGUCGGACGAACCUGCUGCAAAGGAAACUUCGAUCAUCGGAGAAGCGCUUGCAAAGAUGAACCUGGCAGGCUAUCUGACCAUCAACUCUCAGCCUGUCGUCGAUGGAGCUCCUUCGAGUGAUCCUGUACAUGGCUGGGGACCUCGAGGCGGUUACGUCUAUCAGAAGGCCUACUUGGAGUUCUUCUGCAAAGCCGAGCAAGCGACGGCACUCUUCAAGCGCUUCGAAGCAGAGCCUAGCAUCACAUACUACGCAGUCAAUAAGCAAGGCGAUCUAAGGACAAACACAGCGACAGAGGGUCCGAAUGCAGUCACAUGGGGCGUCUUUCCCUGCCGCGAAAUCGCGCAGCCUACCAUCGUCGAGCAAACGAGCUUCAUGGCAUGGAAGGAUGAAGCAUUCGAGCUAGGAUCUCAAUGGGCGAAACUCUACCCCGCCGAGUCAGCGUCACGCGAACUGAUCAGCUCCUUCUUUGACAACUGCUACUUGAUCAACAUUGUCGAUAACGAUUACCGCAACUCGAGCAAGACGGCCAUCUUCCGAUUCUUCGACGAACAAAAGCUCUCAACGAGCAGGACUGCAAGCACGAACGGCACCGCAACAAACGGUGUUCAUUAAGAAAAAUCAUACGUCAGUAGCAUCAGAAAGGAACCCUCUCAACAGGUGUUGUGUCUGCUCGAAGUAGUCUCGAUGUACCUCAACAAGUAGACGACGCAAUGUAUUGCAAACCAAUGUAGAACAAGCUUUGCACCUCUACAACACGAGUCACUGACAAUAGAAAUA